UGUCCCACUUGCAUCAGAGUAAGUCGUCGCGCGGCCAUGAUGAGGACGCUGGGGCUCGCACACCUCCGGGACAUGCCGACACGCCAGCCAUGCUAAUCAAUACUCUCUGAGCCGGUGACAUCCACCUCCACCCCUCUGUGGCGGCUGACGCAAGCCCUCUUCCUCGCGCCGAUAGUGCACGCGCCUGCGCGCACGCAGCUCGACGUCUUUCCCGCGCUGCUGGCCGUGCGCGGCGGCCGUGUGGCGUGGCUCGAGCGCCUCCCCUCACUGGCGCGCGCGCACGCCGACGCCGCCGCGGCGCGCCGCGGCAUCGAGCUCCGAGACGUCGUGGUGGUGGACGAGGGAUUCCUGUGCCCAGGCAUGGUGGAUACGCAUACGCAUGCACCGCAGUACCCGAACAACGGGCUCGGACACUCGCUCCAGCUCCUGGAGUGGCUUGACGAACUCACAUUUCCCCUCGAGAAGCAGUUCUCGGAUGACGAAUACGCCCGCGAGGUAUAUGGCCAGGUCGUGCGGCGCAAUUUGGCCGCUGGCACAACAACAGCCUGCUACUACGGCACACUGCACGUGCCCGCGACGCUGACGCUCGCCGAGGUCGCGCUGGAGGCGGGGCAGCGCGCCCUCGUCGGUCGCUGCAGCAUGGACCGCGCCAGUCCGCCGGACUACGUCGAGGCGGACUGCGCCGCGUCCAUGGCAUCCACGCACGAGUUUCUCGACCUCUUCCCGCGCUUCUGCGCGAACACGCCGUUGCCGCUCAACGGGUCGUCGAACGGCACAUCCAACCAGCCGCUCGUCCGCCCGAUCCUGACGCCACGCUUCGCGCUCUCGUGCUCUCCGCCGCUGCUCGCGGCGCUCGGCCAGCUAGCAGAGGCCAAGCACCUGCCGAUCCAAACGCACAUCAGCGAGAACGGCGCCGAGAUCGCGGCCGUGCGCAAAGCGUUCCCCGCCGCACCGCACUACGCGGGCGUCUACGACGCCUUCGGCCUGCUCACGCCGCGCACGAUCCUCGCGCACGGCGUACACCUCUCGCCGCCCGAGGUCGCGCUCAUCGCGCGCCGCGGCGCCGGCGUCUCCCACUGCCCCACGAGCAACGUCAACCUCAACUCGGGCGCCGCGCGCGUCCUCGCCCUCCUCGACGCGGGCGUGCGCGUCGGCCUCGGCUCAGACUGCUCCGGCGGGCCGGGGACCGGCGUGCUCCCCGCCCUCCGCGGCGCGGACGCGAUGAGCCGCAUCCUCGCGUUCGAGGGGCGCGCCGAGCGCGGCCUCAGCAUCCCCGAGCUCUUCUACCUCGCUACGCGCGGAGGCGCCGAGAUCGCGGGCGUCGACGCGGGCUCGUUCGAGCCCGGGCGCGAGUUUGACGCGCUGUGGAUACGCCCGCGCAGCCCCGGAUUCUGGGCGGGCGGGGAUACGCGCGCGCUCUUUGAGAAGUGGCUGUUUGCCGGCGACGACAGGGAUAUUGGCGCUGUGUGGGUGCGCGGUCGCUGUGUGAGCGGCGCGCCGCCAUGAGUAUAGACAGUACAACAUGCAUUUUGGGUCUUGGGA